GUGACCGUUGUAGCAAUUCUGUUGCCUAUCGGUGCUAUUCCCCCAGCUUUGCUCGUAUUUGGGGAUUUUACGAUUGUUAUCCACUCGAAAGCCAUAUCAAUCGUUAUUUAUCCCCAGAAGACUCACGACACUCGCGAGUCACAAACCAGGUCAAAGAUAAUCUCAACCUCAUUUUAUACUCUUUGCAGAAGUCACAGAAAUAAUGGGAAACUAUACUAGCACAGUGGAUUCGGGCCCCUCGGAUGGCGACUCGCCAGAGAUGAAGCAGUAUCUCAGCGAACUACCAUCAAAGAACUUGGAGCCCCUUUGGUCACAGAUGAGCAUGAUGGUGCCGCCAACACCAAACCCCACAGCGAAACCACAUAUGUGGACAUACAGAGAAGCCUUGCCUCAUCUAGAGACAGCGGCCAAGUUGGUGCCAGAGGAGAAAGCUGAGCGACGAGUUCUGAUGCUAGUGAACCCCAGCAUGCAAUCACCAUACACAACAGACACUAUUUAUGGAGGUCUUCAGAUCGUCAAUCCUGGCGAGACAGCGCCAGCACACAGACAUCUUGCCUUCGCAGCUCGCUUCAUCAUCGAUGGCGAAGGUUUCACCGCAGUCGAGGGCAAGAAGAUGCCUCUCGUUAGAGGCGAUGUUGUCAUCACACCGAUCUGGCACUGGCAUGACCAUGGCAACGAGAGUGAUAAGCCAGUAGUCUGGUUGGAUAUGUUGAACCUGCCUUUGUUCCGCUUUGCUCCAGUUCACUUUGCUGAGGGCUACUCUGACCCACGAUAUCCCAGCGAGCAUUGUGACCCUUGCGAGUUCCGAUUCCCAUGGGCUCCCGUUGAGAAAGAACUCAACUCUGACAAGAGCGACUACUCCAUCUAUCACUAUAAGCUCUCUAGCGGAAAGCCUCUGUCAACAUUCCUCGGUGUUCAAGCCGAGAGAUUGGGCCCUGGUGCCACGGUAGAGUCACAAGAAAGCCAGUCAUAUCUCUACCACUGCUAUGAAGGAAAGGGUCGGACUGAGCUUGUGACGCCGACAGGAGAGACGAUGACGUUCAAGUGGGAGGCGCGUGAUACUUUUGCUGUACCUUCCUGGUGCAAGAUCAAGCAUAUUAAUGAGUCUACCACAGAGCAAGCUUACCUGGUAGCCUGCCAUGAUGGACCAUUUCUUGAAUGUCUGGGCAUUCAACGAAGGAAUGAAUAGGCUAUGGUAGCCGACAUAUAGCAUAAUGGUAUCUUUCUUGGGCAUAUUUAUCACAAGCUAGCUUUGAAUUCAGCACAUG